AUGACGAUCAGAUACUUGUCAGAACGGCACACGUUUGCUCAUACGGUUCGGAUAGCCAGAAUUCUCGUCAUUCUUCUCAAGCGCUAUUUGUCACUAUUGACUGCAGAAUGUGAAAUGGCGCUCUCACUCCUGGCACAUCUGCUUGAGCCUGACGGGACUUCAUCCUGGAAGCGAGUGCUGUGCAUGGAGAUGUUUCGAGGACUAUACGCCGAACCGGGGCUUGUGAGACUCAUCUAUUCGCUGUACGAUGGGGAGGAAGGGAGAAAGAAUAUUCUCCGAGACCACAUGGCUUCCCUGGUUCGAUUGGCAGCUGAAAAGCCUUCUUUGAUCGGCGUCAGUAGUCGUUCAACUGUACCAUCUCGUGCCGAACACGCCAGGUCUAUCACCGAAGAGCAAAUAACUCUCGAGGCCGGAGGGGUAGCUGGUGUCAUUGGAACCUCAGUCCCAUCUAGCGACAACAUACCGGGAAUCAGCAAUCAGUGGAGCGUCGUUCGCUCACCCUACUUGGAGCUGCUUGACAAGACCGAACCACCACAGCCACCUGAAACAUACAUUUACAGUCUGGUACUGAACUGUGUAAGCGCCUUUGCUGACGGCCUCGCGAAGUUCAUACUUCCCCUCACCGUCCCGGACCUGAAACCGAAGCGGAAAAGCCGCAUUGCGGGUGACCGAGAUGCUGGGUCUGCGACAUCCUCUCAGGAUCUCCAAAGAGAAGACUCCCUUAAACGCUCAAAGUCAGUGAAGAAAUCCCCGGUACCUAUUAAUCCUCUGGAUUUAGAGUCCCACCCUCAAAUCUCCGCUAUCCGAACUUGCGCUGGGAUUGUUGAGGAUUGUUGGCCAGCUGUGCUUGCGACCUGCUCAACAUUCCUCUAUGCAUCUCUAGACGAUGAUUUCUACCACAACCUUGUUCGCUCAUUUCAGAAACUAGCUCACGUUGCUGGACUUCUGAGGCUGUCCACACCGCGGGACGCAUUCUUGACGACCCUGGGUAAAGCAUCCGUGCCAGCUGAAGCUGGUAGCGUCAAACCCGUUGUAUCUGCGCCAGCAGCACCUAGCACUCAGCAUAGCGAAGCAACGGGCAAGAGACAGAAGGGUGGUGACGCAGCCCAGGUCAUUCUGCAGACGCCGAUGGAAGGCUCUACAGCGCCAUUUAACGAACAAGUCCUGUCUCUUACCACAAGAAAUCUUCUUUGUUUACGUGCUUUGCUCAAUCUGGGCAUCGCACUUGGCCCGACCUUGGAUCAGCCUGCCUGGUCCAUAAUCCUUGGUACACUCCAGGAUACCGACCUCCUAGUUAGCAAGUCCUCCACAAAGGGGCAGAAUGCUCCGAGCAACACAGACGAACUUGUGGGAGGUGAUAUACCUCAGGGUAACCUGGGUACGGAGAUUCUCGCGGUGCAGUCUGCCUCAAAUAAGCUUUUUGAGAGCACCAGCGAGUAUCCUAGCGAGACCUUCCGAGACUUAUUAGUUGCCCUCUUGGAUCUUUCUGCAAUAACGGAGGAGACUAUGGCAUCUAAUAUCCCAGAUACAUCAGCAAAAGAUGGACAGUUGUUGCAGCCGAGCUCCGGUCGUAUGCGUCGGUCCUCCCGUCGGGUGUCACAUGCUCUGGGCAGAUCGAGAAUUGAAGAGGAAGAGCUGAGGUUCGUUCUAGAGAGGGCAUAUGCGCUAGCGAAAGCGAACAUUGAAAGACUGUCAUCCUUAGUGGGGAGUGACCAUAGCGCUUGGUACCUUCUCACGAGCCGGCUCAUGUCAACCGCGGCCAACGGACAGACCAGUCAAGAUCUUCGUCUCCGCGCCAACGGGAUCUUAAAUGGCUUGGUUUCCGAGACGAUGAAACAGAGAGCUGAUGAGAAUGACUCAGAACGGGACGCGCGGCAGUUGCGAAAUCUGGAAACACUGAAAUUCCAGGUUGAAACUCUCUACCAAAGCAGUGGCUGCCCGCUAGGAUCACCUUCGGCUCCCGUAGUCGAAGUUCAUGAGCAGAGCCUGGAGACAUUGAAGAACGUUCUAGAGCAAUAUGCUGAGACGUUUAAUCAAUGUUGGACAGCUGUCUUUGGCCUUAUUUCUACCGUUUUUGGUGAACCAAACUUGGGUGAGAAUGAGAGUACGACAGCAGCUACCGCCGGGCACAAGAGGACAUUUGUAACAGGCUCUGCUCGGCUGAUCCAGGUUGCAUACAAGAGUCUGCAACUCAUUGCGUCUGAUUUCUUGUCCCAGCUUCCCCCGCAAUGCCGCCUAGAUUUGGUGGAAUCUUUUUCCAAAUUUGCACUACAACAGCAGGUCUUCAAUAUCUCACUCACUACAGCAUCAUCUUUUUGGAAUGUGUCCGAUUUUCUCCAUGACCAGACGGGUCGUUUUACUAUCGAAACACAUAUUGACACAUCUGUGAGUGAGGAGAAGCUAGCCGCUCUAGCAAAAGCGGAGGACCCAUCUGUCGCUGGAAAUGCUCUAUGGUUGUUAUUACUGUUGCGGAUAGUCGACAUUACAACGGAUAGCAGAUCUGAGGUUAGGAGCUGCGCGAUUCACACACUUCUGAGGAUUUUCGACGCCUAUGGCCAACAGCUUUCGCCGAAAGCAUGGAAUCUUUGUCUAAAUCGUGUUCUGUUUCGCAUGCUUGAGCAGAUCGAAGCUAGUUUUGCUAAUGCGCAACACAAGAGCAGUAAAGAUUCUGACGAUGACAGGGCCUGGAUUGAGACGACAGUUUUGGUGAUUAAAGGAGUGUCUGACCUUUUGACCAACGUCUUCGAGACCAUCAUCGAUGAUGCCGAUUUUGAAUUGUCAUGGAAACGGUUGCUGGAUUACUUUCAGAGUCUUGCUAGCCUACGCCUUCUAGCGUUCAGCCAGGCAGUAUUCUCGAGUCUGUCGACCAUCCUUGCGCGGGUUCAGCUGCCGGGUGGUCUGAACAAGCAGUCACUACACUCGGUCUGGUCUGUAUGGGUCAAUGGCCACCCCGCCGACAAGAAAGAUUCGCUGGACUUGGACAAGCCUAACCAAGACGCUGCAAUCUCAUACCUACACACCUUCCAACAGUUGUACCGAUUGUACAAGGACGAUCUGACAAAGCAAGAUGUCGAAAAGGUCCUAGGCCACAUAAAGAUGCUCACCUGGCAUUCUAUAUGCCCCAGAUACUCGUCCGAUAUCGAUCGCCCGUCUGAGUUGCAAGCAUUGGUAAUUGACUGUCUUAAAAUGAUGUGCUUGGACAAAGACAGCUCCCAGGGAGAAAUCAUUAGGUGCCUAUCGGAAUUUGCAGAUUCAGCCCUCACAAAAUGGUCUCCAAGCAGUGACAUAAGAAAACCGACCUAUAUCGCUUUCUCCAAGGGAGCCAUUGACUUGGUUAGCUGGUACGUUGUCGAGUACGGCAUCAAGCAGGACAUCUUUGCAGACGGUUCUCUAUCGUCAGCCCUCGAACAUCUUGCGAAUCCAGUCAUCCAGCGGUAUGAAUGGCCGGGGAAGGACCGUGAGCCUAGCCUAUGGCAGAAGUCAAUUACCGCAUCCUUGGAUAUCUUGCGUGUAGCAAUUCCUUACGUGGAGCAACAAUACGAUACAUCAACCGAGUCUCAGAUAUCGUGUUUCUGGAACUGGGUCGUUGAGAUAGCGAAUGGUAUCAUCUCCGCCAGGGGCUACCGCACAGCUCCUAUCUCGAGACUUACUAUGCUUUCUGAUGAAGCUUUCGACAUCGAAGCCUUCAAUAAGCUGAAAUCGUUUAUCAUCCCGCCUCUCGGUGCACCAAUCAUCUCGGACACUAUUCGAAGGGAAUUUGCCUGCGCCCUUCUUCAUUCCUCCUUUAUCUACCUACCACAGCGCCACGAUCUGCCCACCAAAUAUCGCGAAGACGAAGCCCUCACUGGCUUAUAUAACGUUCGACCAGGACGGACUCUUGAACCGCCUCCAACCACACGGACCAAGAUGGCCUACACAGCUUUAAAUGCCUUGUUUGAACUAUCAUCUUCACCCGGCCAAGCAAACGAGGCCCUUGAGGCCUCGGCUGCUGAAGAGAGGUCCAGACAAAUCGUUGUAGCGCGCUCUGUGUCGCCGUAUCUGAUUCUUCGGUGUGCGGUAUCAUUGAAGGGCUAUAUUUCCGAUCAGCCUCUACGCGGACUCAUGCCGCAGCCGACUCCAGCUCGUAAAGCACUUCUAUAUCUCCUCGAGGGAAUGGUCAAACUCCGAAGCGAGCCCUCUGCUAUUCCACCCCCGCCUAUCACGAAGACGGUUCCUGGUGACACUAAUAGCCAGAAUCACAAGAAACACCUCGAAUGGAUCUACCCGCUGGUGGUGCAGGCAGUGCAAGUUGCAGGCAAACAGCGGGAGGGCGGUGAGGUAUUACGGGCUCUUGGAGAGGUGCUUCGCGAAGUCGGCAUCAACGUAUAG